AUGCAGAUCAAUUACGACCCUAGUUGGCAAGACCCCAUCAUCGACUACUUGGUGAACGCAAAUUUGCUAAGAGAGAAGUUCGAGACCAGAAAUAUCAAACAGAAAGCGACAAGAUACUAUAUGAAGGACAACAAGCUUGUUCGAAUAUCAUAUUUCGGUCCUCAUCUCACCUGCAUCAAGUACCAGAAACUCUCGAAGUGCUAUGCAAAAUCCAUAAUGGCGAAUGUGGAAAUCGUGCUGGGGGCAGGUUACUAG